AUGAGCGGCAGUAGCGAGAGCAGUGACAGUCCCAGGGUGGCUGUUAUUGGGGCUGGCGCAGCAGGACUCGUCGCCGCACGCUACUUCCGUGAUGCGGGGUUCGAGGUGGUGGUGUGGGAGAUGGCCGAGGAGGUGGGCGGAACGUGGCUCUUCUCCGAGGCCGUGACUGAAGGACGGGGCAACCUGUACCGCAGCCUCAGCACCAACCUGCCCAAGGAAAUCAUGCAGUUCAGCGAUCUGCCGUUCGAGGGAGACCUGCCCUCGUUUGUGCAGCACACGGAGGUGGCGCGAUACCUGCGCCGCUACGCCGACGUAUUCGACCUCCGGCCCCUCAUCCGCUUCAACACCAAGGUCCUGCGCGUGGAGCGCCUUCCACCACCACCACCCCUGGAUUCGACGUCGUCGUUGUCGCCCUGUUUGGCCACGAGGCCCGGCCGCCUCUGGGAGGUUACGCACCAGCGACACCGGCCAGCGCAGGUGAGCAGCAGCAGCAGCAGCCAAGCAGAAAACGGCAAGCCCGUCCACGACGUCGACGGAAGCGGCCGUGUGCGCGAUGGCAACGGCCAUGAGUCCUCGCCGCAAGUGGGCGACCGCAGCAUUGGAGAAGAGAGCGCCGCGACGAGCCAGUUCGACAUAGUCCUGGUGUGCAACGGGCACUUCAGCAAGGCAUACGCACCCGCGUUCGAAGGGCUCGACACCUUCCCGGGCGCGGUCAUGCACAGCAAGCGCUACCGCGAGCCGACACCCUUUGUCGGGAAGACGGUGGUCAUGGUUGGCGCUGGCGCAUCGGGUGUGGACAUCACGAGGGAGGUAUCCGGCGUGGCGCGCAAGGUCUACGCCUGCGUGCGCGGACAGCCUUCGCCGCCGCCCUCCCUCCGAUCUGGAUGCGCAGCCAAGACGGCCGUGGCGGACGUGUUUGGACACAGUCCCGCCCUCAAGCUGAAGCUCGGCUGCGAAAUCGUACGCGCGACUCGCGAUGGGUACAUCGAGUUUUCGGAUGGCUCACGCACGGAGAGCCCCGUGGACGCGCUGGUGUUCUGCACGGGCUACUACUACCACCUGCCCUUCCUCGCUCCCUCAUCCCGAGUCUUCUUCCACCCCGACCGAGCUCGGCGCGCCCUCUCAGAAGCAGGCAGCAACAGCAACGGCGACGGCGACGGCGACAUCGGAGCGGAGGAGGGCGAGGGGAAGAGCGUGUGGCCGCUGUAUGAGCACGUGCUGCACGUGGAGCAGCCAUCGCUGGCCUUCAUCGGGCUCAACUGGAAGGUGCUGCCCUUCGCGUGCUUCGAGGUUCAGACCCGCUUCGCCCUCGCGCUCAUGCGCCAUCCGCACUUCCUGGCGUGGGACGCCGACCCCGACCUCGACAGCCACAUCGACGACCCCAAGUACGCGCGUGAGCACGCCUCCUCCCACCUUCGAGCUCGAAGCCACUACAGCGGCACCAGCAGCACGACCGACGUCCGCGGGAACGACGACGGCGAUGAUGACGGUGGCCUGGAAGAGGGCCGGGAGGAGGACAAACGAUUUCCGUCAACAAAGCGCACCCUGGCGGAGAGGCUGUGGGCCGAGUGGGAUGCCGGCAGCAUCGCAGAGGCGGCCGGUGGCGCCGACAGCGCUCGCCGGGAGCGACAGCAGCGGGUGAAGGAUUACCACAUGCUCGGGUCCCAUCAGUGGGCCUACUACCGCCACCUCCACCGCCUCAGCCGCCAGGCCACCGCCGCCGCUGCCCGCUGUCGGCGAGGACAGCAAGACGAAGCAGGGACCGGCGGCCAACAACGAAGGGGGCGGCGUGUGCGGGAGGUCUACGAAGACGUGGGACGCGCUCGGCUCCAAGACCCUGACACGUACCGACGGCGGCAGUACACCUUCUCCCCGUCAGACGAGGUGGCGUGGCGCGUGCACGUCCCGCCACCGCCCUCGUCCUCUCUUUGA